CAAUCAUCCACUCCUCAUUUAUUUUUUACCCUUUUCUCUCUCCUCUUUUGCCCUAAAUUUCAUCUUCUUCUUCCUCCUAUCAUCUUCAGGGUAUUACCCAAAAGAUAAAAGAAAAAACAGAGGUUAUUACUAAAACCAGUGUAAAUUCUUUUACAUAUUAUUCUCCAAAAAAAGUAAGCUACCUAGCUAAAGACAGCACUAACAACAUCAUCAUCAUCUUCAUAUCAUAUCAUAUCAUUCUUCCUUUCAAACAAAGAUUUUCGAGAAUUGUUCAGAGGAAAAAAAACCUUAAUUCCUCCAAAACAAAUUAUUAACCUUUAUUAUAUUUUCACUAGUGUUAGUUACUUUUCUUUCAGUGGUGGAGUGAGUAAGCUAGCAUCACCUGGGUUUGGGUUUAAGAAGAUCGAGGAAGGAGAUAAAUGGAUCUUAUCCCACCACCGUCAUCAUCUUCGUCGUCAUCGUCGAAUAAUACGACAGCGGGCAGCAACAACGGGCAGCUCAGCAGGUACGAGAAUCAGAAAAGAAGAGACUGGAACACUUUCGGGCAGUAUCUAAGGAACCAUCGCCCUCCGUUGACGUUGUCCCGCUGUAGUGGGGCCCACGUCCUGGAGUUUCUAAGGUACUUGGAUCAAUUUGGAAAGACUAAAGUUCAUAACCCGGGCUGCCCGUUUUUCGGCCACCCUAAUCCACCUGCCCCCUGCCCCUGCCCCCUCCGUCAGGCUUGGGGGUCGCUAGAUGCCCUCAUCGGCCGACUCAGGGCAGCCUAUGAAGAAAACGGUGGACCGCCCGAGAGCAACCCGUUUGGAGCUCGAGCUGUUAGGCUUUUCCUCCGUGACGUUAGGGACUCACAGGCUAAAGCUCGAGGCAUCAGCUACGAGAAGAAGAAACGCAAGCGUCCCCCUCCGAAUCGGCCAAUGCCUCAACACCCGUCUUCACCGCCGCCGCCUCUUCAGCACCACCACCUCCAUGGCGAGUCCAGUGGCGGCGGCGGCGGCGGGUUAAUGACUGGACUCACCAUGGAUGUACAUCUUGGAUGUGGCGGGGGUGGUGGUGGUGCUGGGGAAAGGAGCUUCCCAUAAAAUUAUAUUAUCAUGGUAAGUUAAUUUUAAAAUAUUUGUUACCCUAGUUAGUUUAUUACUCCUCUUUUGGAUCAACUCUAGUCUCUACCAUUUUUAGGUAUAAUGGAAAGUGGAAGUUGUAGUACUAAUAGUAUGAUCUUGUUGUAUUGUACUAUAACUACCACAUACUUAAUUAAUGGGAUGAAUAUUAAUUGAUUUGAUGACAAAUCAAAAUUUAGAAACUUUGAUUUUA